AUGUCUGAUCCACGUCAUCCACUCAAUUCAGGUGAAAAUAACAAUAAUAAUAACAAUAACAACAAUAACAGUAAUACCAACAACAGUAAUAACACACACACGAUUUCAAAUUUAUCAGCCGGCUUAAAAUCAGUUUCAUUGGCUGAUCAACAACAGAAUGAAGUAAAUUUAAACUUGUUACAACAACAGUUGCAUCGUGAAGCUACUACUCAACAACAACAAUCAAGAAUCACACAAUUUUUCCAAAACCAACCAGCAGAAGGGUACACAUUAUUUUCUCAUAGAUCUGCUCCGAAUGGAUUCAAAGUUGCUAUUAUAUUAUCUGAAUUAAACUUGCCGUUUAAUACAAUAUUUUUGGAUUUCAACAACGGAGAACAAAGGGCACCUGAGUUUGUUACUAUAAAUCCAAAUGCAAGAGUUCCUGCCUUGAUUGAUCAUUAUAAUGAAAAUACAUCUAUAUGGGAGCUGGGAGCCAUUAUUUUGUACUUGGUUUCCAAAUAUUUGAAAGAAAAUGGCGAAUGUUCAUUAUGGUCAGAUAAUUUAAUUGAACAAAGUCAAAUUUCCUCGUGGUUAUUCUUUCAAACUUCGGGGCAUGCACCAAUGAUUGGGCAAGCAUUACAUUUCAGAUAUUUCCAUUCAUGUCCCGUACCAAGUGCUGUGGAAAGAUACACCGAUGAAGUUAGAAGAGUUUAUGGUGUUGUAGAAAUGGCCCUUGCUGAAAGAAGAGAAGCAUUAAUCAUGGAUUUAGAUGUUGAAAAUGCCGCUGCUUAUAGUGCUGGUACUACACCAUUAUCACAAUCAAGAUAUUUUGAUUAUCCUGUAUGGUUAGUUGGUGAUAGAGCAACUGUUGCAGACUUGUCAUUCGUGCCUUGGAAUAAUGUCGUUGAUAGAAUUGGUAUUAAUUUGAAAGUUGAAUUUCCAGAAGUUUACAAAUGGACUAAAUAUAUGAUGAGAAGGCCAGCAGUUAUUCGUGCAUUGCGUGGUGAUUAA